GGGAGGGCCGAAACUCAAGUUGUUGGAUAUUGAUGCACUAGAGCUGGCGCGUCAGCUUACCAUCAUGGAGAGCGAGCUCUUCUUCAAGAUCAAACAGAGCGAAUGUAUCGCUCGAUCCAAAGAGUCCACACCAUCUGGUCCUGAUAACAUCAAGACUGUUAUCACAUUGGCCAACAGGAUGGCCGACUGGGUCGCCGAUGCCGUCCUCAGCAAAGAAGAUCCGAGAAGACGAGCCGCAGUGAUCAAGCAUUUCAUCAACGUAGCCGAGUAUGGCAGCCCUCAUUGCUGGACUAAACUGCCCACCUAUCCGCAGAUUGAAGCGGACGUGGGAACAAGUCAAUAUGCGCA